AUGUUACCAUUGCAUUCUACUAACAGUGUCGGAACAUACACCUGUUUAUCAUGCCGUAUUCAGUUUGUGUCUAUGGAGCUACAAAGGGUUCACAUGAAGACAGAAUGGCAUAGAUACAAUUUGAAAAGAAGAGUUGCCCAACUAACACCCGUUAGUAAUGAGAUCUUCCAGGCCAAAGUUGCUCAUAGCAAGGAGAACACCGAAAAGUACGAUGAUUUUGGGUUUCCAAUUGAUAAUCCCGAAGUUUCGAAAACCAAGAAAAAGCUCAACUCUGCUUCCUUGAGAUAUAAUUUACUGCAGCAAAGAGGUCGUUCCCAACUUGCUAAAAGUGAUAAAUCCAGUGUUUCUAGUAGGGAUACCAGUCCAGCAUUUUCGGAUAUAUCUGAUGUUUCGCUAGGCACCAUCAGAUCCAGAAGCGAAUAUGGCUAUGAUACUGAUGAUUCCAGAAAUGAACUAUUAUCAGAUAAAAAUGCGACUGAUUAUAACACGGACAACCUAAGUGAAAGCGACAGUUAUACAGAACAUGAUCAGCCAGUCGAGGCUAAUGCACCAUUGCCUUUAAAUGAAUGUUUCUACUGUGGAACCAAAUUUGAAACUUUGGAUGACAACGUUAAGCACGUCAUGGUGAACCACAGUUUGUACAUCCCAGAAUCAAAGUAUUUAGUUGAUAGAGAAGGGUUGAUUAGGCUUUUAUCGGAUACCGUCGUUGUUGAUAAGGAAUGUAUCAAAUGUGGAUUUAAAAGCAACAAAUUAAUGGGCAUAAGGCAACAUAUUAUUGCAAAGGGUCAUGCGUGUAUUCCCUUUGAGAGUAAAGAAGAGAAGUUAUAUUACGGUCAGUUUUAUGAUUUUAGUGAGCUUUAUGAAGGGGAAGAGGAAUUUGGAAACGGCAAUAGUGCAUCUUACGAUGAAAAAGACAACCAAUAUAGUUUGGGUAAACUCGAUGCUAGCGGCGUUGAGUUGGCAUUGUCGAAUGGUCACAAGUUGGGACAUAGGUCAAUGAGUAGAUACUACAAGCAAAGUUCGCCAAGACAGAGUAGGAGUAUGAGUGAAGGUGAGCAAACACUUGCUGUCAUGCGAAAAGAAAAUGAUAGACUGUUACAUUUGCAGGAAACCAUCAAACACAAUAAAGAGGUCAAAGAGGUGAAUAGACUAACAAGUAAGGUUACUAAUAAACAAUUAUCCACUAAUGCGUUACAAUACAGGAAUAACUUGGAGCACUAUAGAAACCAAAGAUUUGGCUGA